GGUCAACUAUCAAUAUAUCAGGAUAAUGUAGGUCAACUAUCAAUAUAUCAGGAUAAUGUAGGUCAACUAUCAAUAUAUCAGGAUAAUGUAGGUCAACUAUCGAUAUAUCAGGAUAAUGUAGGUCAACUAUCAAUAUAUCAGGAUAAUGUAGGUCAACUAUCAAUAUAUCAGGAUAAUGUAGGUCAACUAUCGAUAUAUCAGGAUAAUGUAGGUCAACCAUCUACACAUCAUGGUAAUGUAGGUCAAUUAUCUACACAUUAUGGCAAUGUAGGUCAACUAUCUACACAUUAUUAUCACUAUAUAGGUCAACCAUUUAUACUUAAGGAUAAUGUAGGUCAACUAUCAAUAUAUCAGGAUAAUGUAGGUGAACUAUCAAUAUAUCAGGAUAAUGUAGGUCAACUAUCAAUAUAUCAGGAUAAUGUAGGUCAACUAUCAAUAUAUCAGAAUAAUGUAGGUGAACUAUCAAUAUAUCAGGAUAAUGUAGGUCAACUAUCAAUAUAUCAGGAUAAUGUAGGUGAACUAUCAAUAUAUCAGGAUAAUGUAGGUGAACUAUCAAUAUAUCAGGAUAAUGUAGGUCAACUAUCAAUAUAUCAGGAUAAUGUAGGUCAACUAUCAAUAUAUCAGAAUAAUGUAGGUCAACAAUCAAUAUAUCAGGAUAAUGUAGGUCAACUAUCGAUAUAUCAGGAUAAUGUAGGUCAACUAUCGAUAUAUCAGGAUAAUGUAGGUGAACUAUCAAUAUAUCAGGAUAAUGUAGGUCAACUAUCAAUAUAUCAGGAUAAUGUAGGUCAACUAUCAAUAUAUCAGGAUAAUGUAAGUCAACUAUCGAUAUAUCAGGAUAAUGUAGGUCAACCAUCUACACAAUAUGCUAAUGUAGGUCAACCAUCUACACAUCAUGGUAAUGUAGGUCAAUUAUCUACACAUUAUGGCAAUGUAGGUCAACUAUCUACACAUUAUUAUCACUAUAUAGGUCAACCAUUUAUACUUAAGGAUAAUGUAGGUCAACUAUCAAUAUAUCAGGAUAAUGUAGGUGAACUAUCAAUAUAUCAGGAUAAUGUAGGUCAACUAUCAAUAUAUCAGGAUAAUGUAGGUCAACUAUCAAUAUAUCAGGAUAAUGUAGGUCAACUAUCAAUAUAUCAGAAUAAUGUAGGUCAACAAUCAAUAUAUCAGGAUAAUGUAGGUCAACUAUCGAUAUAUCAGGAUAAUGUAGGUGAACUAUCAAUAUAUCAGGAUAAUGUAGGUCAACUAUCAAUAUAUCAGGAUAAUGUAGGUCAACUA